GCCGUGUCGUACGGGUGAAUCAGUGUCACAUCAACAGCUGGACAUGGUGUUGUUCAAAAGUUGGAUCUUGCUGAUUUGGGCGGUGACUUGUCCCCUGACACGGGCAACAAGCAGUGGCUGUGUGGAUGCCGUCACGAGUGAAGGUUUGAGAACACUGCAACAUUCCCAGGGGGCGUGUGCGCCACCCCAGCUCGGGGAGAUGGGGCGGGAUGAAGGACUUCGCUACUUAAGAUGUUACCUGGGCAAAGUUUAUACCAUGAUUUGUCCCAAUAACACGAGGUAAACAUUUUCUAGGUAAACGUUAACUUCUGGAUAAACAUUUCUAGUCUAAGCGAAACAUUUCAAGAUAUACAUUUCAAGGUAAACAUUGAUAGGCGAACAUUAACUUCUAGGUAAGAAUUUUAAGGUAAACAUUUCUAGGCAAAAAUUUCGAGGUAAACAAUUUUUUUUUUAAUCAUUGCGUUGUAAGCAUUAAAUUUUAGGUAAAUAUUUCCUUGUAAAUCUCAAUUUCUAGGUAAACAUUUUUAGGUGAAACUCUUUAGGUAAAUACAUCAUGGUAAACAUUUGUAUGUAAACAUUUCUAGGUAAACAUAAUUUCUUGGUAAACGUGUUUUGUGUAAUCAUUAAUCAUUAACAUUUCCCCAACCAUAGAGACGAGGUGUGAUUGUGUCAGGGAACACUGGGCGCCCCUCUGGUUUUGUUUUAGCUGUAAUCAUUGUGUUUUUUGUUGUUGUUUGUCCUUUUCAUGUGAAGAUGACCAAGGAUAUCUUAAAGGCUGAGUGCGUAGGUGGCUUGCCAAGAUGACCAAGGCUAUCUUUAAUGGAGAGUUCGUAGGUGGCUUGCAAGAUUACCAAGACUGUCUUUAAUGGAGCGUGCGCAGGUGGCCUGCCAAGAUGACCAAGACUGUCUUUAAUGGAGGGUUCGUAGGUGGCUCGCAAGAUGACCAAGGAUAUCUUUAAGGCUGAGUGCGUAGGUGGCUUGCCAAGAUGACCAAGGCUAACUUUAAUGUAGAGUUCGUAGGUGGCUUGCAAGAUGACCAAGACUGUCUUUAAUGGAGAGUGCGUAGGUGGCCUGCCAAGAUGACCAUGGCUAUCUUUAAUGGAGAGUGCGCAGGUGGCUUGCCAAGAUGAUCAAGACUAUCUUUAAUGGAGAGUGCGUAGGUGGCCUGCUAAGAUGACCAAGAUUAUCUUUAAUGGAGAGUGCGUGGGUGGCCUGCUAAGAGGACCAAGACUAUCUUUAAUGGAGAGUGCGUAGGUGGCCUGCUAAGAUGACCAAGACUAUCUUUAAUGGAGAGUGCGUAGGUGGCCUGCCAAGACGACAAAGGCUAUCUUUAAUGGAGAGUGCGUAGGUGGCCUGCUAAGAACACAAGACUAUCUUUAAUGGAGAGUGCAUAGGUGGCCUGCUAAGAUGACCAAGGAUAUCUUUACUGGAGAGUGUUGUUGGUGGCCUGCCAAGAGGACCAAGACUAUCUUUAAUGGAGAGUGCGUAGGUGGCCUGCUAAGAUGACCAAGACUAUCUUUAAUGGAGAGUGCGUAGGUGGCCUGCCAAGACGACCAAGGCUAUCUUUAAUGGAGAGUGCGUAGGUGGCCUGCUAAGAUGACAAGACUAUCUUUAAUGGAGAGUGCAUAGGUGGCCUGCUAAGAUGACCAAGGCUAUCUUUAAUGGAGAGUGUGUAGGUGGCUUGCAAGAUGACCAAGACUAUAUUUAAUGGAGAGUGCUUAGGUGGCUUGCAAGAUGACCAAGACUAUCUUUAAUGGAGAGUGCUUAGAUGGCUUGCAAGAUGACCAAGACUAUCUUUAAUGGAGAGUGCUUAGUUGGCUUGCAAGAUGACCAAGACUAUUUUUAAUGGAGAGUUCGUAGGUGGCUUGCCAAGAUGACCAUGGCUAUCUUUAAUGUAGAGUGUGUUGGUCAUCCUGCCAAGAUGACCAAGGAUAAACAAAGCUUGAUGCUGCUGGGUGCUAUCCAUUGCUAGACAAGGGUAGAUAGUAAUUGGGUGGGUGAGGUAAAGCUUUUGACCAAUUGUUGUUGAUUAAUUUAUAAUUUUCUGUAAUGACUAAUUUUUAUGUGAAGCGCGGUGAGCUUAGCCCUAGGCUGGGUUACUGCACUAUAAAAAACCACCUAAUAAUAAUAAUAAUAAUAAUAAUAAUAAUAACAAUAUAGAACAUUAAAAACUAAUCUGGUUGAAGGUAAAAUGGCUUUAUUGAAAAGGCAUAGCCUGAGGGGUUGUUCAUAAAGGACGUCAGCAAGAAAUACAUAUAUUUCCCCACUCCUUGCCAACUCCUCUUUUCCCCAUAUAGCGUACUUGGUGUUUUAAGGAUGUACACAUGGAUUGACAUAGAGUACGUUUAAAUUGUAAAAAAAAUAUUUUACAUACUGGAACACACUCAGUGGACCUUAGGCAGCACACAACAAGACAUGCUAGCUUGUGGCCGUCCCCAAGACCCCUACAUACCCCCCACCACCUUGUUCGCACUUGUCCGCUUUUGAACGACACCCCAUCCCCCCCACACACACACACUUACACACGACAGCCCGCACACACACACACACCACAGCCAGCACACACACACACCCCAGCCCACACAUCCCAGCCCACAUACCUCAGCCCACACACACACCAGCCCACACACCACAGCCCGCACACCACAGCCCACACACAACAGCCCACACACCAAGACCACACAUACACACGCAUAUUCUCUCAGGCAUUCCUCAACACCACAUAGAAAAACUUCAGAAGGCACAGAACUCAGCAUGCAGACUCAUUUUUAAAUCAAAGAAACAUGACCACAUUCAACCACACAUGCGCAACUCCACAGCCCACACACAACAGCCCACACACCAAGACCACACACACACCAGCCCACACCCACACAUCCCAGCCCACACACCACAGCCCACACAUCCCAGCCCACAAACCUCAGCCCACACACACACUCCCCAGUCCACACACCCCAGCCCACACAUCACAGCCCACACAUCACAGCCCACACACACACACCCCAGCACACACACACACACCAGCCCACCCCACACACACACACUUCUUUGCGAAUAUACCUCAUGAACGGCCCAUAACUCAAUAGUUAAAAAAAAAAAAGAAAAGAUAAUGAAUUUAUCUACUUGCAUUUGCUAAGAGUUACUGAAAAUUUGUUAGCGUUUAAAAAAUUCAAUUGGCAGAACUUGCUGGUAGAAAACUUUUCUAGAUACAAUUUUUUUUCUCCGGCUUUUGUGGCAGCAAACGCAGUGAUGAUAUCACAUAAUGUAGUCUAAAGACAGCAUCAUUUUCAAAAGUCAGCACAGCCAAACUUGUGGUCAUUCUUUUCUUAAUCAUAGGUGCACUUUAAUAUCAUGUUUUAAUCAAUAUAGUUUAAGGACUUAAAUUUUCACCGCUUGCAACGUUGAAGAUAAUUUUCAGCAAAUUCCAAGAGAAAUAACCGGAAAUUUUAUUUGGAGAAACGCCCAAACAUUAAUUUGAGUGUAAAAAUGAAUGAAAGAUCAAAUGAAAAUUUUUAUGCAUGGCACCAUAAGUAUCCAAAAAUGAAUUUCUUCACAUCAAUGUCUGAGACGUUCCCAUUUGUUUGCACAAUUCCUAAAUCUGAAGAAAAAAUUUCACCAAUUCCUUACGAGGUGAUGGUAAUCCUUUAAGCCAUGCCUGCACAACUCAAAAUGUAAGGUGGGCCGUAAUACUUUAUGAAAAGCUUUUGCGGGCCAAAAGAAAAUAGGUCAGGGGGAAAGCUAUUAAGAAAACAAUAGGAAUAAAGAAUAUUUCGUUACAUCUCGGCUUGUAGCAUUUAGUCAAAUAGGCCCCGGACUAUUCGGAUGUCAUUUGUGGUGGUUUAUUUUAGUUACACUGAAGAAUUAAGUUUACAACCUUUUACAUACAGUCCAUUCAAUUAUCUUUAUUUUGAUACCUCAUCUUGUCUUACACACCCAACAAUAAUAUUUUAAAUAAUUUUUCAAUCCCAACCUCUCACUUCUGGUACCCGGGUGCGAAUAGUCGCAGCUUUAACUUGAACUAUUUCACGGUGUGAUUUUAUGUUUGAGUUUAACUAUUUCACUGUGUGAUUCUAUGUUUGAGUUGAACUAUUUCACUGUGUGAUUUUAUGUUUAAAUUUAAUUAAUUCACUAUGUGAUUGUAUCUUUAAAUUUAACUAUUUCACCGUGUGAUUGUAUCUUAAAAUGUCAGGCACCUACAAAAAGCCUCUGACGUCAAAUAAACCAACUUUGACCGGAGUAGGGGAUAUUCCCCUGGUCCAUUAAGUUGCUAGUUUUAAAAACUAUAUAAUAAAUAUAAACAGUCACAUCAUUAUAGUAUCAAUUUAUUCAUUAAUGUUUUGUCUUGAAGCUAUUAUUUAUGUCUAUAUUUAGGUAUGACGUAGGAGCAGAUACCUGCACUGAUCCAAAACUUGCCUCUUGUAACGUCACUGACAGAGAUGGCGGUAGGUUUUUGUUGUUCUGUUCUAUGCCCUUUCUAUUGUUUGACUGACAAUCGCCAUUGGGGUUUUAAGAUUUUGUAAAAAUCCCCAGCCCUUAUUUAGAUCAUUAUUUUUUUUUAAAUUAUACGUAUUGGUUAAUCUCACCCACUAACCCCUUCACUUAACCCACCCAUCCCCACCCCACACAAAACUCAUUUAAAUUUUUUUUUUUUUAAAUCUUCAGCGAGAAAAAACAGAACAAAACGUAAUUCCUACCUCGAUCAGUGCACUAAAGAAAAUUGUAAACUCCCCAACUGCUUUUGUUCCGGAGAUACGCCCAAUCUGCCUUUCACGGACACGCCCAUGUUUGUCAUGAUUACGUUUGAUGACUCCGUCUACGAUGACCUCUACCAUAAAUUCUUUAAGCCGUUGUUCGUUGUCAACCAGUACAACCUCUUCAACCCCAGCGGGUGUCCGGUAAAGUAGGUGGCGCCAUUUUCCAUUUAAAUGUUGCUAUAACAGCAUCAGUCUAUGGUGUUAACAGUAACAUGGUAGGAUUCUAUUAACAGUAUCAGUAUGUGGUGCUAUAACAGUAACAGUAUAUGGUGCUAUUAAUAGAAUCGGUAUAAUGGUGCUAUUGAAUGCGUUGUUACAAAACAAAAAAAAACAAAAAAAAAAACAUUUACAAAACUAUUUUAUCAGAGAGAUUUCGAUUAAGAUAUAUUUGCGGUAGAAUGAUUCUAUGGUGUGUUACUAACACAUUGCAUUCAUUCACAUCUUUCCUUGACUCUUCUCAUUGUCAGGAUGGGCCUAUAUGUGUCCUUGCAGUACAGCAACAUCACGCUGGUGCGGGAGGCAUACCAUGCCGGAAAUGAGAUUGGCUCUCACACUCUCUACCAUGAACUGCCAGAGGGAGAGAAUCUAACGUACGCGGCUGUGGCUGAAGCCGUAAGUCCCCCAUGGUUAUAUUCUUUUUUCUUUUUUCUAGAGGUGACUUGAAUCUCCUUAAAAGUAUGCCACAAUUGUAUUUGGCACCAGGAACGAAGACAUUCAUCUAUGCAUCACCUUCAUCAGAAGUAGGGAGACACUGAAACAUAAUAAUAUAUCUAUCAAUUACCUACACCAGGGGUCGGGAGCCAUACUACUAAACCAUAUAUCUAUACGCCACCUACACUAGGGAUCGGGAGCCAUACUACUAAACCAUAUAUGUAAAUAGGGGGGGGGGGGGUCGUCCUCAAUUUUUAUGGACGUCGAAUUAAUUUAUAUUUUUAAAAUGCCCAAGCUAUCUUACCGCCAAAGUUUCAUUUUUAUUGCUUCCAAUAAUGGCCACUUAAUUUUCUUUCUAAAUUGUACAUCACAUUCCCAAAUACUUCUACUUAAAGCUUCUCUCUCUCUCUCUCUCUCUCUCUCUCUCUCUAUCUAUCUAUCUAUCUAUCUAUCUAUCUAUCUAUCUAUCUAUCUAUCUAUCUAUCUAUCUAUCUAUCUAUCUAUCUAUCUAUCUAUCUAUCUAUCUAUCUAUCUAUCUAUCUAUCUAUCCAUCCACCUAUCUAUCUCUAUCCAGAUAGUGGGUGUGAAGCAGCGGAUCCUAGAGGCCACUGGGGACAGAGACCUGUAUGAUUCCAUGGUUGGGUUCCGAACCCCUUACCUACGAUGUGUCGGUGACAUCAGGAAUGACGUACUCAAAGAUCACGGUUUCCUGUAUGACUCGUCGCUUAGCAACGAGGAGAAUUUUUACGGCCGUGUUCCUUUUUGGCCGUAUACCUUCAACUACUUGCCCAAGAGGUAGUCAAUGUUUUAUUCACAUGUGCAGUGCCCCCACCCACAGUAUAUAUCACCAAUUUUCCACUCUCAAUUACUUGCUACACAUAAAAACGUCUCUUCUUCCAAGUGUAGUUUCCUCAUUUUAUACGUAAAUACAACUAGGCUUACGUCAACCGUCAAUGAACUCAAUUGUACUCCACUCCCCCGACCCCAAUACACCCGACAUCUAAGCUCUCCGACGAAUAACAUUAGCAAAGACAGCCCACAACAAAUCUGAUCACCAUUUACGGCCAGGCCUCUUACAUUUAUAUUACAAUUAUUACAGAUGUAUCCAUUAAAGCAAAUAUAUAUAUAUGUGUUAAAUGGACCCCAACCGCCCCCCACCCACCCACCCACCCCUCCCCCACAAAAAAAAAAAGAUAGUUAAGGACCCACUAGAAAUUUUACCGACAAUGUAUUUCAGGUGUUGCAACUGUCAGUGUCCAUCAAAACGUUACGAGGGCCUGUGGCAAGUUCCGCUCAAUGCGUGGUUAGGAGAUGACGGUCAGGUCUGCGCUAUGGUGGAUGGAUGGACGUUCGACAAGGACGAAACUUUCCUAGCAAAUAGAUCAGUGGAGCAGUGGUACAACUACUAUCAGUGAGUUCAGUUAUUACAGGUAUAGAGUAGCUGAUCUUGAACGUUUUUUGUCCAUGCCCCUAAGCACCGAUACCACCAUCGAAUGCCCACACAACUCUCUUGGAAAGUUAAUGGUGGUAAAACUCGCUUAACAAUUACCCCAUCAAAGCACAGUGACGUGAUGUGGCUUGGACGAAGGUCUCAAGUAUUAUUUAUUAAAGGUAUACCGUGUGGUAGGCUGCACGUGUUAGCAUUAGUUUACAGCGCGGUAUUUCAACCUCUUUGAAAAUGGAACUCGUGGCAAUACCAUUUAUUCUUUCAUAGAUUUUUCCAAUAUAAUGACUGUGACAUCAGUAUCUUUAAUGUAUCCAGUAAAAGGAAUGUAUCUGUUAUUAUUUUAGGUUUUAAAAAGACUCUUCUCUCAUCGACACAUCCGAGUACCUAGUGCUUUUUUUCAUCAGAUAUCUGCUAUUAAAAAUUGAACAAUUUGUUCAAAAUUUAUUCAAAUAAUGUUUUUUUUUUUAAAAAUAAAAUACCCGAGGGAUAGUAAGUUUACCUUUGUUUGUGCCACAGGUAUCCCAUUAUUGAAAUUAAUUGUGCAACUGGAAUCCCAUCUUUGAAAUUGCUUGUGCCACUGGCAUACCAUCAUUGACAUUGCUUGUGCCACUGGCAUCCCAAUCAUUGAAAUUGCUUGUGCCACUGGCAUCCCAUUAUUUUUAUCAUUUAGUUAUUUUCUAAACUACUUAAUCAUCGUCCUUGUUCAUUUCUUCCCCAGCCGUCACUUCCUUAACUACUUCUACCCCUACAAGGUGCCCAUGUCCUUCUUCGCUCACGGUUCAACGUUCUACCGAUCUCCGAACUCUUACGUUGCACUGCACCUUUGGUUAAAAGGCCUACUCCGACAAUACCCAAACGUGUGGGUAGUUCCGCCCAAACUGGUUAUACAAUGGAUGAAACGACCAUUGACCCACGAUCAAAUGAAAAAGGACAAAUGGGAUUGUUAUGUGUAACAUUGUUACAAUGGGAUUGUUAUGUGUAACAUUGUUACAAUGGGAUUGUUAUGUGUAACAUUGUUACAAUG